UUUACACUGUAUAGUGUGGUUUUCGUUAAUUUUUAUCACCUUGCAGUUUUUCUGCGCACAUAUACAGGCUCAAAACAAUCCAUUCUCUUCUGGAUAUGUCAGUCUGCUCAGAUAGUAGGUAGAGUAGACAAUAGGAGGAAGGCUGGCGAUGUAAUUUAAUGUACAAGGUAGACGGAUAAACAAUGUGCUACCUUACAGAAACAUCUCCUUCCCCCAUACCUCCUACUCCUCCCCUUCUGUCCUCAUGAAUAUUGGGGAAUUAAUGCGCGGAGGGAGGGAGAGAGAGAGGGAGGGAGGAGGCAGGGACAAAGGCAGAAAGAGAGGGUAGUGAUGGAGGAAAGGGAGGGGGUGAGCUGCUGUCGUCAGAGGCCUGGCAAUGCGCAGGCUCUGUGCGACCUGGGCUGGCUGCCUAUUGAUUGGAACACAACGGGCUGUGGGAGGACGGAGUCGGGCGGCUGUGGGCUAACGGGUGAGGGAAGGGACACAGACCAGAGCGCAAAGCACGCUGCCAUCUUCACCUCCCUGAUUCUGUUUUUCUCUCUUUCCCCCUGGAAUGAGUGUGACGGCUGCGGCUCAUCGGUGGCUUUCGCAGCAGAGGGAGGCUUAGGCACAGAUUCUUCCUCGUCUGAGAAGAUCCGUCCUACACACCGAGCCAUAACGACAGCGGCACGGCUACUGCAGGACACCAUGGAAGCCCCUCUUGUGUGUUUGGAUGAGGAGUUUGAGGACCUCCGGCCCUGCCGCAUGGAUGAGCUGGACCACCCAGUGCUCAAACACUCUUACUCCACCACCACCGCCCCCCUGGCCACCAUCACCCGCGAGGACUUCUCUGAGCUGGAGAACUUCUCUGAGAUGAUGAGCUUCAAGUCGAUGGAGGACCUGGUCAACGAGUUUGACGAGAAGCUCAACGUUUGCUUCCAUAAUUACAACACCAAGACGGAGGGCCUGGCGCCCAUACGCAACCAGUCCCACAGCCAGGAGGAAGAGGAGAGGCUGCAGGACGAAGAUGUGUGGGAUGCUCUAACUGACAACUACAUCUCCACCUGGGACGGCACCGACUCAGAGGGACUCAACGGCAAUCUUUCUGACCAGGAGAUCCAAGAAAAAGAGGACGAGGAGAUGAAUGAGAAGAAUGACAACGCCAACUGCCUGAAGGACGAGCCUCUCAUCACAGCUGAUCAGGUCAUUGAGGAGAUAGUCGAGAUGAUGGAGAACUCUCCAGAUCCCGGCGAAACGGAGGAGGAGGAGGAUGAAGAAGAGAGCAGCCCUUGCUCCAUGACCAACCCCUCCCUGCUGGAGGAGAUCAGGCAGCUGUCGCAGGCCUCCAACAACAACUGCUCCUACGAAGGCCUGAGCCUGAUGCCCAGCUCGGCUCUGGUGGAGCUGCUGGACCGGGUGGAGGCGGCCAUCCGCCAGUACUCAGAGGAGCUGGUCAGCCAGCUGGCUCGGCGGGAGGAGCUAGAGUUUGAGAAAGAGGUGAAGAACACGUUCAUCACAGCCCUGAUGGAGGUGCAGAACAGGCAGAAGGAGCAACGGGACAGCAGCAAACGCCGCCGCCGGGACAAGGCCCUGAGCCUGCAGGGGGGGGGGACGCCACCUGUAAACGGAGGGAACACAGCCUCCACGGGCCACACGGAGAAGACAGGGAGCAUGCCUGUCAAGCGUUUCAGCAUGGAGGGACUGUCUAACAUCCUGCAGACGGGCAUCAGACAGACAUUUGGAAGCACAGGGAAUGAGAAACAGUAUCUAAAUACAGUUAUUCCAUAUGAGAAGAAAGGCACCCCUCCAUCUGUUGACGACCUGCAGAUGCUCACAAAAAUUCUUUAUGCCAUGAAGGAGGACAGUGAGAAGGUGCCUACACUGCUAACUGACUACAUAUUGAAAGUCCUGUGUCCUACCUAAAGCCCCCCCCCCAGGCCAGAGGCCACAGUGUGACAGAGGAUCUUUCCAACCCUCCUCUGGCCCGAGCUGCAUGACCCCGCCCCCCCCAUCUCUAACCAUUAUCAACCAUGGAUCCUCACCAUCGACAUCAUUGUACUCGACUCAACUAGGACUACUGCCUUUCACUGAGCUCACCUUCUCCCGUCCUGCACAUUAAGCUCAGGCCAGACCCAAAAUGCCCGCCAUCUGAAUAGUUAAGCAAGCGGGACAGCCUAUCCCACUUUUAAAGGGACUUCACUAACGGAGCAUGACAUGCUAUUAAAUAUCACAACACCACUUUGGUACAGUGAUACGUUACCGUUGCUUUCCUUUUGUUCCUCUUAACAGAAUCUCAAUGAUGCCAAGAUCAUUCAUAAACUGACCUGUUAACCACUGGGCUCUGUUGUAUUCAUUGAUUUGUAAGAACUAACUACACUGUAAAAUACAUGAAAUACCAUACUACAUCUACAAGUGAUCAUCUCCCCGUAUUGUUUCAGAUGAAACAAAAGCCAUACGCCUUUUUCUGCCAACUUAGUACUGUAGCUCCACGUGGAUGAAAAGAACCACUAUUACGGGUGCAGUGCAUUAUCAAGCUUUUUUUCAUCUCUUCUUUUUUGCUUCACUAUCUGAAUAUCCAGUGCUCUUCUGACUUUUUUGAAAUUUAUUUGACUUUGUAUCGGAAUAUUUGAUAUAAACACUGUUGCUGAUUUUUUUUCUACUUUUAUUUACUGUGUCAUUUGAGUGAAAGGCUUCAGUGCAUUCCACCCUGUGCAGCCCUGUGGAGGUGUAUCACUGAGUUUAAAUAGGAUAAACUAUCAUCCCCUGAUGAGAUGGGCUCAUUUCAAUAAAGACGUGCAUAUUUGACUUCCUUUGCGCCAUGUAGGUGAAUGUCACAUUGCUAAUUGCAAAUUCUAAUAAACAUUUUACCCUUGCGGUGACUGAA